UUUGUGGCCACAUUGUAACGUCUGCCCACCUUUAUGGACUUUGUAUGGAGGCCGCUGUUUGAUGUUCAACAGUUAUGAGAUGACCUGGGGUGAUGCUGAGCAAUAUUGCAUUAAUUAUGAUGGACAUCUGGCCUCCUUUCAUAACCAACGUCAGUACGACUCCAUCAGGAGAUUCAUUGUGAGCGCUACUGGAACCAACACUAAAUCUUGGGUUGGAGGCACCGAUGCUGGACAGGAAGGUGUGUGGACAUGGAGCGACGGCUCCCGUUUCUCCUUUGUUCCUUGGGGCAGUGGGGAACCAAACAACUUGGGUGGAAACGAGAACUGCAUGGAUAUCAACCUGAAUGGACAAGAUUACGUCAACGAUGAAGCCUGCAGCCAAAAAAAUGCUUUUGUUUGUGCUAAAGCUCUGUAAACGUCUCUGA